AUGAUAGAAUUAUUCAAAUUUAGAUCAGCUGCUGUUCUAUUAUCUUCAUCAUUAUCACCAUCAUCAACAAAUAAUCAGCAGCCAUUGACCACAUCAGAUAAUGUACUUCAACAAAUUGCAUCACCAAAUUUGAUACCUAUUAUAGUACCAUCAGAUACAAUACAAUCGAAUUCAACUUUAAUCACAGUAUUUUCUAUAUCCAAAUCAACAGGAGAUGAAACUUGUGAUAUUAACAUUGUCGAACAACCGCCAUCAAUAAAAACUAAAAUACAGAUGGCUUCACAUUACCUAAAUUUUCCAAAAUCUUGUGGUAUAGCUGCCUUUAGUGUCAGCCUUUGGAUGUUGGGUGUAAUCCUGAUUCGCUAUUUUGGACCGUAUUGGUUUCGUACAAAUUUUGGAAGAAAUGUUUCGAUGGCUUCUACUGUUCCUUUUUCGUAUAUUUCAAUAUAUAUUGCGGAAAUAAUGUUUUCUCUUCAUUCACACGAAAUAUUAGCCGCAGUAGCAUUAGGCACUGGUAUUGCAAGCAUUUUAGAUGGCAUGGCUCACGCAUGGUAUCCAAGUGCCUAUGAAAAUCCAUCAUUGCAAAAAACAAAUCCGCAUGCAGCAUGUUGCAUUUCAAGAUAUGGAUCUGGUUGGUUACUUUUUUUUGUCGGCAUUAUUCUGACAAUGGCUGUAUUCAUAUAA